AUGCCCCCCCGUUUGGUCCAGUCGUUUCAACCCUCCCCUCCACACCAAGAAACUCCUCCCAACAGCCCCCUGCAGAAGCCAACCGAUGGUCAGAACCCUGUUGCGUUUAAUCGAAGUUUUGGCAUCAAUGGGAAGGGUGCGGAAUCAUCCCUUGCAGAGCGACUCUUCGCAGUACUGGAAAAGCUCGCCGAUGAAAGCCCUACCUCGCAUAGCUUCUCCUCUAGUGGCAAAGCUCCCACCGACGCGAAAGAGCCGCAGGGUGAGCAAACAUCGAGGCUGGACUAUCAGACCGUUAAGAUAGUUGGUACCAGGACCGGCGGGGAUGAUCUACCUCUAUUCAUCGUCUUAAACGGAAUAAGUCUACAGGGUAGUUGA